AUGCGUACCUCCAAGAUCUCUCAGGAGACCACGAGGAUAUUCAAUGCCCUGUCACCCAAUGUACGCGCCGGACGAUCGACAAGAAGUGCAAGCCGUAUCGCCUCGUUUGCGCUAGGAUACAAUGGGGAUGUCCAGGUGAAAGAAGAGGCGGAAGAAGAAGGGUCGCAUUUGGGGACACCAGAUAUUGAAGAUGGUCUAAGCACUCCAGCACGCUCAAGUCGGAAGAGGAAGUACGGGUCAAUUGUAGAAUCUACCGUCAAGACCGAACAUGAGAUGGCGUGGACAUCGUCUCGAGAUGUCAAGAAAGAGACAGAAGAAGACGAAUUAGAUACAUCACCAGAAGGCCGCGCAAAAGCAAAACCCAAGAUACCUGCUCGGAAGAAGACUUCUGCUUCUGGAGAAAUACAGAUUGAGCCACCGUCAAAUUGGGCUGAAAUCUACGAUACUAUCAAGGCCAUGCGGAAACGAAACCCUACAGCGCCUGUCGACACCAUGGGUUGCGAAGACUUGUUCUGGCCCUCCGCUCCGCCACGGGAGAAGCGAUAUCACACCUUGACUGCAUUGAUGUUAUCAUCGCAAACCAAGGAUACAGUUACGGCAGCUGCCAUGCAUAGAUUACAUACCGAGCUCGUCCCCCAACGGCCAGACGACACUGGCGAGAUUCAGGAAUCCGCUUUGACAGUGGAUAAUGUGCUUGCCUGUGAUCCGAAGUAUCUAGACGAGCUGAUUGGCAAAGUCGGCUUCCACAACAACAAAACCAAAUUUAUUAAGAAGGUCGCUCAAAUCCUGAAAGACGAAUAUGACUGUGAUAUCCCUGAUACUGUCGAGAAGUUGGUGAAGUUGCCAGGGGUCGGUCCAAAGAUGGCGUAUCUGUGCAUGUCUGCAGCUUGGGGCGUCGAUGAAGGGAUAGGUGUUGAUGUCCACGUACACCGCAUCACGAAUCUUUGGGGCUGGCACAAAACAAAGACACCAGAGGAGACACGGGCAUGGCUUGAAGGAUGGCUUCCUAAGGACAGGUGGCACGAGAUCAACAAGAUGCUCGUGGGCCUUGGACAAACCGUAUGCCUGCCUGUGGGCCGAAGAUGCGGCGAAUGUGACCUUGCCGGCAAGGGCCUGUGCAAGGCCGAGAUUCGCGGCUGGAAGGCAACAGAGAGGAGAGUGAAGAAAGAGAAAGUAGAGUUGAAGAUUGAGGGAGGGAAUGAGGUCUUCAAGAAAGAGGAAGAAGUUGACCAAUUGAUCAAAGUUGAAGAAGAAUUGGUAGGUUCCUGA